CGUGACGUGACACAGAGCUCCACAGUUCAAGUCCAAACACACACAACACACACACACUGCUCCUUGAUUUGCUAACCAUUCCAUUUACGGGUCAGCCGGACACCGGCCCUGAGAUCUGGUGUGCUGGAAGGUCCGUGUGUUUAAAGAGAAGCUGAGGAGCUCCAGCCGAUGGGAUGAUGCCUACAGCAGACAGCAGUUCCUCCCCCUUUGAUCCGCUGGUGGUGUUGGAGCUCGUCUCGGACACCAAGGAGGAGGCCGUCACAUGGCUGCUGAGCAGGAUCAGAGACCCACCGCAGAUUGGAGGUGCUGGGUUACUGGUGGAGCAGCUAGGCCCUGGCGUCGGAGCUGAAGAGAAGGACAACCUUAACCUGUUUUUGGUGGGUGCCUCCUUGGAGAGGCUGCUGUCUGGUGCUGAGGAUUUGGGCCUCUUCAAGGAGUACAACGAUGGGUCCAUGAGAGGCUUCACCCGCUCCAACAAACACAACUUUAAAGACUUCAAAGGGGACGGAGAUGGCUUCCUGAGCAUGGCAGAGUGUCAGUACAUUGUCAAACAUGAGUUGGACACACUGCGAGCCAAAGAAGAGACUCAUGUACCAGGAUACAGCCAUGUCAAGCUUUAUCCAGGAAAAUCUAUCAUACGCAGAUUGCUGUCCAAACGGAUCCUGGUCCAGAUAUUUCCUCUACAUCAUAAAGAAGAACUCAAGAGACUCUCUUUUUCUUGGUACAAAAAAGUCAAGCUGUCCCUUCAGCCUCUCGAUGAUAUCAGACACUACUAUGGUGAGGGCCAGGCACUCUACUUUGGCUUCCUGGAGUACUUCACCUUUGCCCUGGUGCCAAUGGCUCUAUUAGGAGUGCCUUACUACCUGUUUGACUGGGAGGAUUAUGACAAAUAUGUAGUCUUUGCUGUUUUCAACGUGGUCUGGUGCACUAUUAUUCUGGAGUUAUGGAAGAGAUUCAGUGCCUCGCUGGCCUACCACUGGGGCACGCUGAGCAGGAAGAAGGCCUUCGAAGAACCUCGACCUGGUUUCCAUGGCGUCCUCGGGUUCAACCCUGUGACGGGUCGGGAGGAGCCUCUGUACUCCAACACUAUGCGCCAGCUGCGUAUCUACCUGGUGUCCCUGCCGUUCGUCCUGCUCUGUCUCUACCUGUCUCUCUACGUCAUGAUGAUCUACUUCCAUAUGGAAGGCUGGGUGCUGUCCAUGCAUGACCAGGACCCUACGUUCUGGACAGGAGUGCUCCUUUACAUCCCCAGUAUCAUCUACGCUGUGGUGAUAGAGGCGAUAAACCUUGUUUACAGAUACGCUGCUGAGUUCCUCACAGAAUGGGAGAAUCACCGGCUGGAGUCUUCAUAUCAGAACCACUUGGUCCUAAAAGUACUUGUUUUCAACUUCUUCAACUGUUUCGCCUCGCUGUUCUACAUCGCAUUUGUAAUGCAGGACAUGGCGCUGCUCAGGCAGAGUCUGGCUACCUUACUGAUCACCAGUCAGAUCUUGAAUCAGGUCAUGGAGGCCUUCUUCCCCUACUGGCUGCAGAAGAGACGCAACAAGAAGAUGAUUCGCAAACUUCAGAAGAGAAGAGCUUUUGGGGACAAAGAGCUUCCUCUGGCAGAUCAGGUCCGGCUGGAGGCCGAUAUGUGCACCUACUUGGGUACAUUUGAUGACUACCUGGAGCUCUUUCUGCUCUUUGGCUACGUGAGCCUGUUCUCCUGCGUCUACCCUCUGGCUGCUGUCCUGGUGGUUCUGAACAACAUCACAGAGGUUUACUCUGAUGCCUUCAAAAUGUGUCAUGUGUUCAAAAGACCCUUUGCUGACCCUGCUGCAAACAUCGGAGUCUGGCAGCUCGCCUUUGAGACCAUAAGUGUGAUUGCUGUUGUGACCAACUGUGCGCUCAUUGGCAUGUCUCCACAAAUCAAAGCAUACUUCCCGGACUCCGAGACCCAGCUCAUACUGUGGACGGUCACCAUCGAGCACGGACUGCUGGCUUUCAAGUUCAUCCUGACCUUCCUUAUCCCAGAUGUCCCCAAACACAUCCAGAUCAAACUGGCCCAGCUUGAGUUUGAGUCACUGGAGGCUCUUAAGAAGAAGAAAAUACUGGAAGUCUCGGAGUUCAGUAAGAACAUCCAUUGAGGAGAGGAGGACCUGCACACUCUGAUGUCACCGGCGUUUGACAGAAGCUCCUUUUUUUAUACUUUAAGAAUCACACCUUGUUAUUUUUAAACUUUAUUGGCUCAUUGUUUGAAUGCACAUUGAAAAUCUGGUUUAAUAUUAGAGUGCCAGACUGGAGGAGGCAUGCAUGAAGAGUUCAUACAGUUUAAGCAGUGAUAUGGGGUUCUGUGUUAGGGUGCUGUGUAACUUUAAGAAUAAAUGAUGGGAUACAUGUUGGGAUGAAAGAGCUGCUGUUCAAAUCUUCUCUAGAUAUUAUGCACUGUAAACAUAAUUGGUUAUACCAAAGAGUGUUUAUGAAAAUAACUGCAUUUGUGUUCUUAUGUUCAGUCGCUAAAGUCAGUGUGGGUUCAGUCAUUAGUUUGGUUCAGAAUGGUGCAAACUAACAAAAAUGGAUAAAAGCCCAGGUGUCACUCCAGUAAACGAGGGCCGGUGUUGUGCAGCUUUUAGAUGUGUCUCUGCUUCAACCCACCUGAAUCAGAUUAUAAGGUGAUUCGCAGGACUCUGUAGAACCCGCCUGCAUACUGAGGAGGAAAAGUAGCUAUUUGAUUCAGGCGUGUUGGACCAGAGACGCAUCGAAAAGUUGCAAGACACUGGCCCUCAAACUGGAGUUUCACACCCUGGGUUAGAGGCUGCAAGGUGGUGGUGUGUGCACAGUAACCACACUUCAGACUCUACCUGAUUGGCUGCUGGCUCAACUGAUAACGCGACAGCCUAUUGGAUGGUAGCUGAUACUUCUGUCCACAGAACUCCAGGUAUGAAAGCAUAGAAAGGCCAAAAAAUUCAACGUAUUAAAGCAACAUUGGACUUGAUUUGGUAAUGUGAGUAAACACAACUUCCAGGUUUCUUCCAGACAUGCAUGAGGGAACAAGGUUUGGGAUUUAUUCUGACUCUUCCAUACUGUUCCUCACAGUUAACCACGCUUCCUGCACUGAACUGGUUUGGCCUUUCUUUGUUCCCACAAACACAAUCACAGUAACAUGCUGUAUAAUCGUUGCCUGUGUUUUAUCAUCAGUUAUUUACCUUCAGGGUAGAGAAACAUGAGAGGAAGUUUGAAGCACUACUGUAACACUCCUGGUGCCUUAGAUGCCUGCUGUUUUACUCAUAAAAUGUAUCAUAGCUGCAGCAGCAGGUUAGACUGGAUCAGCCUUGGCUUCAAUAAACGAACAAACUUGGAACUUA